UCCCUCCUCCCUCCCCGUCCUCCUCCUCCUUCCCUCUCACUCGUUAAACCGGUUCGGUGUCGGUGUGUGGACCAUGUAAACGCUCCACCGGGUCUCGGACUUGGUGUCUCCGGAUUAAAGCAGCUCUGUGCGUCCGAUUUGCGUCGCGGCUCCGCCCGGUGUGCGGUGCGGUGCGGUGCGGUCGGUGCGGUGCCUCUAGACUUUUUUUUAUUGGAUCGUCGGACGGCGGCGGGAGCGGACCGGUGUGAGCCCCACGCAGGACAAAGAAGCCCGGAGGAAUCACGGGGAAAGCAGCGGAGUGGAACUAGACGUCAGCGGGAAUGGAGACGCGCCUCUUGCCGCUCACCUUUGCUCUGCUCCUCCUCGGAGGCUGCUCGGCCCGGGUGGUGAAGGUUUCUCCUGGUCCCUUAAUCCGGGUCGAGGGUCAGCCGGUGUCCAUCCGAUGCGACGUCACCGAGUACGGUGGACCUCGAGAGCAGGACUUUGAGUGGGAGAUGUCCAGAGAUGCCAACGGCCAGAAGAUAAAGAUCAUCUCCACCUUCGACACCAGCUACUCCCACCAGUCGGUCAGUAAACGCGUCGCGUCCGGAGACAUCUCGGUGGUUCGGCUGGAGGACAACGAGGCGGAGCUGAAGAUCUCCGAGGUGAAGGCGCUGGACGCCGGCUUCUACUGGUGCCUGACGCCGAGCACCGACUCGGUCAUCAGCGGAAACUACGAUGCUCAGGUGCAGCUCACCGUCAUCCCCAACACCCUGAAGGUGUCGCCCCAGAUGCCACUUCCGAACGUCCCUGAAGGCAGCGACCUCACCCUCACCUGCAACGUCACCCGGGAGCUCACCCACCCCACCUACCUGUCCGUCACCUGGCUGGUGAAGAAGGGGACGACGUCCGAGGAGAUCCUGACGUUUGGGCCCCAGGGCGACGUCGUCACGGGGGCCAAGUUUGCCCGCCGCUACGCUGACGGAGGCAUCCGAUUGGUCCCCGGCAAGAAUGGGGUCUUUGAACUGGUGAUUUCCAGAGUGACAACGUCCGAUGAGGGGAUUUAUGAAUGCAACGGGACAGAGUGGACGCACGAAAACGGAGGGAAGUGGAUAAAAAUCGUGGAGAAUACAAAAGAGAUGGGAACUAUUGCUGUUAUUCCAACAGGUCGCUCCCUCAGCGUAAAGGCUUCCUCCUCUUCAUCCCCCUCCUCUUCCUCGCUGCAGCUCUCCCCCGGUGACACCAUGACGCUGCUCUGCUCCGUCGCCGCCGACAACCUAGCGUCCGUCGCCCCGGAGGUCACCUGGCUGGCGGACGGCCGCGAGCUCAUCACCAUGGAGCGCAGCGGCGUGGUGGCGUCCAACGGCAGCCGGCGGGCCGAGGCCAGCCUGGAGAGGACCGCGGCCGGGGAGUACCGGCUGGUGGUCCGGGGGGUCGGAGGCCCCGAUGGAGGAAUCUACACCUGCAGGGUCCGGGCCUUCAUAGGCAAGGAGGGGCGGAGCUCUGGAGGAGGAGGGAGGUGGCACAUGGUGGCCGAGAAGACCUCCAGCCCUCUGACUGUGAAGGUGUCCGACAUCAAACCCAGUUUCACCGUGACCCUGGAAGCCUCCCAGAGCCCCCAGAUGACGGCCGAACCCACAGAGCUGGCUUGUCAUGUGACCAACAUCACCCAGUUACCUCCAGGAGGCCGACUGGGCGUCAGCUGGGAGCACACCACGCUUCCAGGUGUCGGGGACGAUCCUCAGACCUCACAUACCAUCGCCUCCUUGGACAGCAGCGGGAACCUGUCGCCAGGACCGAUGUACGCCGAGAGGCUGAAGACCGGCGUGUUGUCUCUGAGCAGAGUCCAGCCCAACACCUUCAAACUCAGAUUCCUCCGCACAGAGGAGAUCGACAUGGGCCAGUAUGUUUGCAACGUUUCCUCUUGGAGCGUCAACAGCCAGGGAGUCCUGCUGAGGACCGCCGUGUACGAAAGCUCGCCGCUGACCGUUCGAUGGGACACCAAACGUCCGUCUCUGAAUGUCGUGGCCAAACGUAUCCGCGAGGCCUCUGUGGGCGGAGCUACCUUUGAGAUGAGCUGCUCUGUCAGCACGGAGAACGUCGGGGAGGCGGGCUACUCGGUGCUCAUCCAAUCACAGGACAGCUUGGAUAGCAAUGUGAGAACCAUCAUGACUCUGAGCCCCGACAACGUGAUGCAGCAUGGAGGAGCCACAGACCCCAACAGGAGGGACAGUCUGGUUCUGACUAAGUCCGGCCCAGCAGAGUUCCGGUUUCGCCUGGCGGGCGUCCAGCUGUCCGACAGAGGCUUCUACUGGUGCGACAUCACGGCGUGGACCAAGCAGCAGCCGGGACAGACGUGGACCAAAGCCACCAGCUCCGAGUCCAACAAAGUCAAGAUCGACUUUCAGGAAAACGGCCCGUCCUUCUCCAUCGCCAUCCAAUCAGAUGCCAGCAGCGUGUAUCCGUGGGAAACGGCCAAGAUGGAGUGUUCGCUGAGCGUCUCUGGAUCUUCCCCAAAGACCGAUGACCUGGCCUACGAGGUGACCUGGUUCUUCACUCGGCUUCGAGGUGGACAGACGACGACUCAGGUGGCCACCGUCGACCGCUUCGGUGUCGUCAGGAAAAUGCUCCGCAACUCCUCCAGCGACGUUUCAGUCGAGCGUAAAGACACGCACACCUACCUGCUGAACAUUUUUGGCACUCAGGACAGCGACAGCGGCGAGUACCACUGCAUCGCCACGCCCUGGUACCUAUCGGCCUCCACGGGAGCCUGGACCGAAGCCGGAGAGCUCAUGUCAUCGAGAGUCUUCCUCACUGUCAAGUUUGCAGUGUGGGACUCCCUGAAGUUACCUCUCUUUUACGGAGCGGCGGCCUCACUGGGUGUGGGCCUCUUCUCACUGGUGUUCGGUCUGGUUUGCGCCCAGUGCUGCUGCCGCAACACGAUGCACACUCCGCGCUCACGCAACAAGCUGAUGGACCUGGAGAUGGACUGACAAACACUUUCCCCGGCGCCGACUCACUGCAGCGCUCACAGGAAGCACCAUACACUCAACCGCCACACCCCCGUCGAUGACUUCUGGGACAGUCAGCUGUUUCCAGGUGACGGACGUUGGGAAUAAACCCGAUGGACGGACGGACGGCGGUGCUUUACAUGGUGCUCAGGGUUCUAGCAGCUCUGCAGUGGAGGAGCGGGGGAUUUGGACGCUCGCCUUUCAGACUUGUUUUAUAAAAUCCGUGGCGCCUCUAGUGGAUUUGUUGAGCCUGCUGAGACAUCACUGCCACCUGGGAUUAAGGGAACACAUGUGCUGCCUCUGUAUCCGCUGGGGAAUAACACACAAAGCGCUCAGGCCGGACUACUCUUUUUUUGUUUUGUUUUUUCCUUCUCGGACUACAACCACUCUGUGCUUCUGAGUGACGGCACAUCAGCAAACCUGCUUGUUUUGUCGGAGAAUACUGAACUCGUUUGAUUGGACGUUGGGUUGAUGACACCUCGACGUCCGAACAUCUGCCUGAUGGAUCCUGUUUGUCGAGGAUGAACAGUCAGGCGGCAGAUGUCCUGCUGUCGAAAACAAAAGUGCUCCGAGGCAUUGCACUACCACCCCAGAGUAUUCCUACCUUAACCAGAGGACGAUAUUUACAUUUAUGCUCAACUCUAGUUUUUUGAAAAUUCAGAGAUUUUAAACCGAGAGACGUUUUUAAGCUUUACAAGGAGAUAUGCAGUCAGUGUGUCUGUGUGUGUGAUGUUCUGUACAUGGUGCCGACGUUUGAACUGACGGAGGCGCGCUCGGUUUCAGAUCAACACUUGAACAGCCACUAAAGGUGGCGACAGCAAGCACUCUUCUUUUCUAAAUAUUCACAGAUGUAUCCAGCUGUUCUUUUUGCCCGAGUCUCGUGUGUGUUUUGGUGUGAGUGCUGUGCUUCGGUGUGCGAGACAAAGAGCUGCAUGGACCGUUUUAUCAUGGCAGUGUGGGUCUGUUCCAGGGUCACGUUUGGACGCCAUCAAAGUCUCUAGACAUCCAGAGUCGCUUCACUAACGUCCACUCGGUUCCAACGGGGUGACGCAAGAAGCUCGGGUUUUGAAGGAAACAGUUUUUAAAGGAGUAGUUCGACAAUUUGGGAGCAUGCUGAGCUUGGCAGUGGGGCUGUAGUCAACAGUCGACUGAAACUGUACCGACUCUUUGACCAGUUAAUCUGCACAGUCUACCUGAGGCCUCCUUGGCCUGAAUGGACCAUAAAUCGAGACGAAACACCAAAUUUUGCGGCUUGUUUAGUCAUUUAAGCUUAGUUAUAAUAUCCUGAAAUACCACAAUAUGCACAUGAUUGAAGAAGAACUGAGGAAUAAAACAAGUUAGCUGCUCUUUUAUGAUGAGCCGCCGUGCCGGUUGUUCAACACCGACGACCUCUUAGACGCUGUGUCGCUUAGUUGGCAUCGGAUUCUCAGUGAUCUUUCAGGUAAAUAAGUUGGGCCUUCAUUAGAUUGUUCUGGCGCAAAAUGGUGAAAGUGUCAGGGUGUUUUAGGGAAAAUUCAUGAAGUUUCCAGCAAUUAACUGCACAAACUAGUUACCAUGUGAAGCAGCCAGUGUCGAGAGUGUGUUUUUCUGCAUCGUGGUCCAUUUGAAAUACAUACAUUUACAUUGGCACGUAUCGAGCAUCAUUGGAAAUGCUGAUAUUGCUGCAACUGGCUAAUAUUGACCGAUGUCAGGGAGGUUGUUGAAGUUUUCUCCUCGUGAAAACUUUUGCCGAAUGAGAGAGUAACAAGUGUAAAAACACUUCCUAAAGCACCACGGUGUUUGAUGCCGAUACAAAUUUUUAAGGAGUAAAAAAAUCUACUCCAACGACACCGUUUGGCUCCGCACCGGCACUUGUUCUGCUACAUGUGCUGCAGACGGUACUGAGUGUUUUUCUGCAUUGUGACCCUAUAAAAAUACGUACAUUUAUAGUGGCACGUAUCGAACAUCAUUGGAAAUACUAAUACAUCUGCGAUUCGCUAAUAUUGACUGAUGUCACAGCGAUUGUUGUUUUCUUCUCGUGAAAGUAACACCAGCAAAUGAGAAUGUAGUCCUCUGAGAGUCCAGUCGACCUGGAGAUUACAGCCCUACUAGAAGCAGGGGAGCCGCUAGCCAAGCUCGUCCAGAAAUGGAACUUUAGCUUUAAAUAACGGAAGCCAUCAGUCCUUCCAGCAGCUCCAGCGUCUUACAGCAUUUCCAUCUGAUUUACUGCACAAAUGAGGCUCCGUGAAAUUGCUGGAAGGCACUAACUCAGGCCAGCAGUUCCCCUUUGUUUCUAGUCUUUGUGCUAAGCUAAGCUACAUCCCACGCCAGUCGUACUUCUCAAACUGUUCCUCCCGAACCCUCCCCAACUACGAAUGCAUCCUCUCCCCUGACUCAUUUAGGAUGUUUUGUCUCCACACCUUUUUCGGAACGGUUGUAGAAAACUUGCACUUAAUAGAUAAAACUUAAAAAAAUGUAUAAAAAAUCUAUCUGUGAAGAGAAAUCUGCAAUAACCAGGAAGUGGGAUCAGCUGCUGAGUGUGUUUUUACAGCUGCUGAAUGAAUGAACACACUCCGAGU